CCUGUCCCCGGCCCCCGCCAGAGCCAGCCGGGGAGCGAGCCAGCGGAGAAGCCAGCCAAGGAAGACCGGAAAUGGCGGAGCUGCCUGUCUCGGAGAUCCCGGGGGACCUGGCCCACUGCAGUGGGCGCUUCACCAUCAGCACCCUGCUGGGCACCGAGGACUGCAGCAAAGGGCACUCUGCCCACCAGGCCGAGCCGCCCCCCGCGGUCUCCGACGCCUGUCACCCCAGUCACCUCACCCACAGCAACACUUUCUAUAUGAGGACCUUCGGCUACAACACCAUCGACGUCGUGCCCGCCUACGAGCACUACGCCAACAGCCAGCUCCCCGGGGAGGUCAAGAAGGGCAGACCCACCCUGGCCGACCUCCAUUCUUUCCUGAAGCAGGAAGGCAGCCACCUGCACUCUCUGGUUUUUGAGGGCCGCCCCAGUCCCGAUCUGGCCGACGGGCUGGUGGAGGAGGAGGAGGACGGCGGUGGCGGCGGCGGCGAGGCCGGGGAGAAGCCACCAGCAGAGCCUGUGCGCUUUGGAUGGGUGAAGGGGGUGAUGGUGCGCUGCAUGCUCAACAUCUGGGGCGUGAUCCUCUACCUGCGCCUCCCCUGGAUCACCGCCCAGGCUGGCAUUGCCCUGACAUGGGUGAUCGUCCUGCUGUCGGUGACGGUGACCACCAUCACGGGACUGUCCAUCUCAGCCAUCUCCACCAACGGCAAAGUCAAGUCAGGUGGCACCUACUUCCUCAUCUCAAGGAGCCUGGGGCCGGAGCUGGGUGGCUCCAUCGGGCUCAUCUUCGCCUUCGCCAACGCGGUGGCCGUGGCCAUGCACACAGUGGGCUUCGCCGAGACGGUGCGGGACCUGCUGCAGGAAUACGGCUCGCCCAUCGUGGACCCGACCAAUGACAUCCGCAUCAUCGGGGUAAUAACAGUCACGGUGCUGCUGGCCAUCUCCCUAGCCGGCAUGGAGUGGGAGUCCAAGGCCCAGGUGCUGUUCUUCCUGGUCAUCAUGGUUUCCUUCGCCAACUACUUUGUGGGGACGCUGAUUCCGCCCUCGGAGGAGAAGGCCUCUAAGGGUUUCUUCAGCUACCGAGCGGAUAUCUUUGCCCAGAACUUUGUGCCCAACUGGCGAGGGGCUGAGGGCAGUUUCUUUGGGAUGUUCUCCAUCUUCUUCCCGUCAGCCACUGGCAUCUUGGCUGGUGCCAACAUCUCGGGUGAUCUGAAGGAUCCUGCCGUGGCCAUUCCCAAGGGCACCCUGAUGGCCAUAUUCUGGACCACCAUCUCCUACCUGGCCAUCUCCGCCACCAUCGGCUCCUGCGUGGUCCGUGAUGCAUCCGGGGGGCUGAAUGACACCGUGCCCGUGGGGUCCCCUGACUGCGAGGGGCUGGCCUGUGCCUAUGGCUGGAACUUCACCCAGUGCGUGCAGGGACAAAACUGCCACUACGGGCUCAGCAACUAUUACCAGACCAUGAGCAUGGUGUCUGGCUUCGCUCCCCUCAUCACGGCAGGCAUCUUCGGAGCCACCCUCUCUUCCGCCCUGGCCUGCUUGGUUUCAGCCGCCAAGGUCUUCCAGUGCCUGUGUGAGGACCAGCUCUACCCGCUGAUUGGCUUCUUCGGGAAAGGCUACGGCAAGAACAACGAGCCCAUCCGGGGCUACCUGCUGGCCUACGCCAUUGCCGUCGGCUUCAUCCUGAUUGCUGAACUGAAUGCCAUCGCUCCCAUCAUCUCCAACUUCUUCCUGUGCUCCUACGCACUCAUCAACUUCAGCUGCUUCCACGCCUCCAUCACCAAUUCUCCAGGGUGGAGACCGUCGUUCAGAUACUACAGCAAGUGGGCAGCUCUGUUUGGGGCGGUCAUCUCUGUGGUCAUCAUGUUCCUUCUCACCUGGUGGGCAGCUCUCAUCGCCAUCGCCAUCGUCAUCUUUUUGCUGGGCUACGUUCUCUACAAGAAGCCAGAAGUGAACUGGGGCUCCUCGGUGCAGGCAGGGUCUUACAAUAUGGCCCUCAACUAUUCCGUGGGACUCAAUGAAGUGGAGGAGCACAUUAAGAACUACAGACCCCAAUGCCUGGUCCUGACUGGGCCACCCAACUUCCGGCCGGCCCUGGUGGACUUUGUGGGCACGUUCACCAGGAAUCUAAGUCUGAUGAUCUGCGGGAAUGUGCUCAUCGGGCCCCGGAAACAGAAGAUGCCGGAGCUCCGACUCUCUUCCAAUGGGCACACAAAGUGGCUGAAUAAGAGGAGGAUCAAGUCUUUCUACACAGACGUGAUAGCUGAGGAUUUUCGGAGCGGAGUCCAGAUACUAAUGCAGGCCUCAGGUCUUGGGAGGAUGAAGCCAAAUAUCCUGGUGAUUGGCUACAAAAGGAACUGGCAGUCCGCCCACCCAGGGGCCCUGGAGGAUUACAUCGGGAUCCUGCAUGACGCUUUCGAUUUCAAGUACGGGGUCUGCGUAAUGAGGAUGAGAGACGGGCUCAACGUGUCCAAAGUGAUGCAGGCCCAUAUAGUUAACCCUGUGUUUGAUCCAGAGCACGGGAAAGAGGCCAGAACGAACGGGGCCCUGCCGGCCAUCAAUAACACAAUGGACCCGGGUGUCCUGGAUGGUGAACAGCAGGCAAGCACUAUCUUCCAGUCUGAACAAGGCAAGAAGACUAUUGAUAUCUACUGGCUCUUUGAUGAUGGAGGCCUCACCCUCCUGAUCCCAUACCUCCUUGGUCGCAAGAAGAGGUGGAGCAAGUGCAAGAUACGAGUGUUUGUCGGAGGGCAGAUCAACAGGAUGGAUGAGGAGAGAAAGGCGAUCAUCUCUCUGUUGAGCAAAUUCCGAUUAGGAUUCCACGAAGUCCAUGUUCUGCCAGACAUCAACCAGAUGCCCCGCCCCGAACACACCAAAAGGUUUGAGGAUCUAAUCGCUCCCUUCAGGCUGAACGACGGCUUCAAGGAUGAGGCCACCGUCAACGAGAUGCGGCACGACUGCCCCUGGAAGAUUUCCGAUGAAGAGAUUACCAAGCACAAAAUCAAGUCCCUUCGACAGGUGAGGCUGAAUGAGAUUUUGCUGGACUACUCUCGUGAUGCUGCACUCAUUGUCAUAACCUUGCCUGUGGGAAGGAAGGGGAAAUGCCCAAGUUCCCUGUACAUGGCCUGGCUGGAGACCUUGUCCCAGGAUCUGAGACCGCCUGUUAUCCUGACCAGAGGAAACCAAGAAAAUGUCCUGACUUUUUACUGCCAGUAAAACCGCACCUUAUCCCGGUCGCCAGAUGGAGGCUUGACAAAACUGAUCUCUUCCUCAUGUUUUAUUGUUUGUGUUGAUGUUCAAGCGAAGGCACAAACAAGCUUGUUUCCAAA